AUGGUUAUUGAUUUUACAGAUCCCCAACUAACCAAUUGCCUCUCCAACCCUGCAAUUGUUCAAACCAACAGAUUAGAACCACGGGCUUACUAUUUACCCCUCGAAUCUACUCUUUCACUUAAUGGGGUAUGGGAUUUCAGAUACGAUGAAGGGGAAAGGGCUACUGGGAAAGAGGACAACUUUUUCAAUUCAUCAAUAGCUGUUCCUGGACAUUGGCAAUUAUCAGGCUUUGGAAAACCACAUUAUACUAAUGUCCAAUAUCCCUUCCCGGUUGAUCCACCACACCCACCUUCACAAAAUCCAGUUGGUACUUAUAGAAGAUACUUCACUGUUCCAGUCAAUUGGAACUCAGAGGACUUUGAAUAUAGAAUUAGAUUUGAAGGCGUUGACAAUUCUUAUCAUGUUUUCUUAAAUGGUAAAUUGCUAGGAUAUAAUGAAGGCAGUAGAAAUGCAGCUGAGUUUGAUAUUAGCAAGUUAAUUUCUAGACAAAGUCCAAAUGAACUUAUUGUUAGAGUUUAUCAAUGGUCAUCUUCGUCGUACAUUGAAGAUCAAGAUCAAUGGUGGUUAAGCGGAAUAUUCAGGGAUGUCUACUUGUUGGGAUUUAAUAAAUCGGGUUAUAUCAAGAAUUUCCAAAUUAACACUGAUUUGGAUAAUGAAUAUAGGGAUUCCAAUCUUGAAAUCAACCUUUCAUUAAAUAAACCAUCAAAGUUCCAAAUUAAUUUAUUUGAUAAUGAGUCAGAGUUAAUAAUCCAAGAAGAGUACGAUGGGGAUAUCAACAAUCAAAUUACUAUUCCAGUUCCAGAUCCAACAAAGUGGACUGCUGAAACCCCAGACCUUUAUAAGUUGGUUAUUGACAUAAUCUAUAAGGAUAAAGUAGUAUCUUCUGUGACACAGGAGGUUGGAUUUAGAAAAGUCGAAAUGAAAGAUGGUUUAAUUCAAGUAAAUGGAAGGCCAAUAUUACUCCGAGGUGUAAACAGACACGAUCAUCAUCCAAAGUAUGGUAGAGCAGUUCCAUUAGAUUUUAUUCUUCGUGAUUUAUUAAUAAUGAAAAGGCAUAAUAUUAAUGCCAUUAGGACUUCACAUUAUCCUAACCAUCCAAAAUUUUAUGAGUUGACCAAUAGGUUAGGAUUUUGGGUUUUGGACGAAGCAGACCUCGAAUGCCAUGGAUUUUAUCAAGCCUUAUCUGCUCCACUAGAUCUUGAGGAUAAUGUAGAAUAUGAUGAGCCUAAAUUAAAACUUUUCAAAGAAGCAGGAAAAUUCACCUCAGAUAAUAAGGAUUGGGAAGUUGCUUACGUGGAUAGGGCCAAUCAAUUGGUUAAUCGUGAUUUUAACCAACCUUCAGUAAUCAUUUGGUCUUUGGGUAAUGAGUCAUUCUUAGGUUGUAAUCAUGCUAAAAUGGCAGAAAGAAUUAGAAGUGUUGAUUUCCAAAAGAGGCCCAUCCAUUACGAAGGUGAUUUGGAUGCUGUGAUUGCAGAUAUGUACAGUAGAAUGUAUACUGGUAUUAAGUCCACUGAGAAUUAUGCCAAUCAAAAGGAAAAACCAUUAAUCCUUUGUGAAUAUGGUCAUGCCAUGGGUAAUGGACCUGGUUUGCUUAAACAGUAUCAAGAGCUAUUUUACAAACAUGACAACUUACAAGGUGGUUUUAUUUGGGAAUGGGCAAACCAUGGACUUGAAGUCAUUAACAAGGAUGGUGGUAAAACAUAUUACUAUGGUGGAGAUUUUGGCGACAAGCCAAAUGAUGGUGUUUUCAUAAUGGAUGGACUUGUUAAUUCUGUUCAUGAUCCAACUCCAGGUUUGAUUGAAUAUAAAAAGGUCAUCGAACCUAUUGUUUGUACUUUUGAAAGUGGUAAAUUGAGAAUUAAGAAUACAUUCGAUUUCAUCAAUCUUGAUCAUUACAUUGCUUUUUAUACUUAUACCGGUUAUGAUUGCCUUGAAGAGCAUUUGUUACAGAUUGGUGAAAUAGAACUUCCAAAAAUAAAGUCUAAACAAGAAGUGUUAGCUGAUAUUCCAAUUCUUACUGUCGACACUACCCAGUUUUCUAAAGUCAUCUUUGACGUUCAAUUUAAAACCAAAGAAGCUACAAAUGCUUUAGAUAUGGGUCAUACUGUUGCGUGGUCCCAAUUAGAGAUAAGCCUUCAAGAAUGGGAAGUUUUGCCUUCUAAUGUUACUUCGGCGAUAAUCUUUGAGAAUAAACACAAUGAAGUAAAAAUUAUUACUGAUAAACAAAGGUUAGUAUUCAACAAGAUAGAAGGCAGAAUAACUAGCUGGUGUUUCGAAGAGAGCAAAGUUCAAGUUAGUGAAGAAGAUAUCAUUCCUCCAAGCAAUUUGAAUUUUUGGAGACCAUGUAUUAAUAAUGACGAAUUUAAGAAUGCACCUUAUUGGAGAAGAUUUGGACUUCAUUGUAUGAAAAAGUCAAUUAGAAAUGUCGAUGUCAAACAAGCAAAGAAUGAAAAUGGAUUGAUAGCUACAUUUAUUGUAGAAAGUCAUAUUGCUCCACCAACCCUUGCAUGGGGUUUCAAAUCCAUUGAAACUUAUUUGAUUUACGAUGGUCAAAUUGAUAAGAAUAUCGAGUUAAUAGCUGUUGGAGAUCCAAAACUUUUCCCAGAUACUCUUCCAAGAUUUGGUUAUGAAUUCACUGUCAAUGAUGAACUUGGUGAUAAGAUCAGAUGGUUUGGUCGUGGUCCUGGAGAAAGUUAUCCUGAUAAGAAAGAAUCUCAAAAAAUUGGUAUUCAUCGCUCUACCUUAGCUGAAAUCAAUUACAAUUAUGACUUUCCUCAGGAAAAUGGUAACCAUGAGGAUACUGAGAUGGUCCUCUUAGAAGAUAAUUUGGGAAAGAUGGGUCUAUUGGUAUCAUCUAAAAAUAAGUUCGGCUUUAAAUUUUCCAAUGAAGAAAAUCUUGAAGAGGCAAAACAUCCCAAUGAAAUUAUUAGAGGUAAGAAUAGAUAUGUAAGAAUUGAUUAUAAACAACACGGAGUAGGAACAGCCGCUUGUGGUCCUCAACCCUUGCCUGAAUUUCAAUUCCAUUUCGAACCGAUGAUUGAAUUUUAUAUUCUGCUUAAAUUUACGGAAAUUUAG